AAAAUAGGCAUGCAGAACAGUUCAGGCAGCGCAGCCAGCUUCUACCUUUAGAUCUAGUAACUUCCAUAACCAUGCUUUUCUUCAUUCUACCAGCCCUUUUGGCUGUGUUCAUCCAACCAGCGUCGGCAGCCGCCAACGUCACCAACUAUGCAUAUGCUUUCGAUAUCAACCAAGCAAUAACAGCAAGCACUUUCAAUUGUUUCAAGAAGUAUGGCUAUAGCGCUGUAUUCAUCAGGGCUUAUAACCCGCAGGGUAGCGGACUGUUCGAUGCAAACGCUCCCAACAACAUUCGCAAUGCCUCUUCGACUGGGCUAGGAACUGAGGUCUUCAUGAGUCCACAGCCUAAAUCUACAAAGACAGGUGCUGUUCAGUUCAAGGAGAUGUAUGAUGGCCUUAAAAAGAAUAAAAUCGAUAUAAAAACGGUCUGGGUACAGGUCACAUCACCUGCGAAUUGGGGCACUGACUCGAAGAAGAACCUCGCUUUCCUCAACGACAUCGCCAGAACUGCAAUAUCCUCCGGUAUCAAAGUCGGAUAUUACACCAAUGUGCACGAAUGGAAUCAGAUUACAAAGAACACAAAAAUAACGACUCCCAACACUCCGCUCUGGUAUUGGAACACCAACGGAGCUGGACCAAGUGGCGAAACACCGGCUAACUUCAACGACUUCCGUCCAUUCGGAGGAUUCAAGAAAGCGACGGUGAAGCAGUUCGGACAGUCGGAGAGCAUCUGUGGAGUCGUUGGAGUGAAUAGGGACGUCUUCGACACAGCUGCAAAGCAAAUCUUCAUGAACGGUACGAUUAUUGUCUGAGUGACCUUACCGUCGAACAGAAAACGAUAUUGAACCUCAAUAAAUCCCAGAAUGUUGC